AUGGCCAAAGCCGGAUACGUUCCGUUCGAUACGGACCGGCUUGAGAUCUUCGCGAACAAGCGGGGGGUAAACGGGAUGGGGAGCUUCGACCAGCACCCCGGCGGCGGCGGGGUUGUCGACGAUGCCUGGAGAGGAGGAGGAGGAGGAGGAGGAGGGGGCCAGGAACAGCAGCAGCAGCAGCAGCACUCUCCCGGAAGUGGGGUGUCCGUUGCACCGACUGGGUUGGACUGGCCUGGUGGCUACGGCAGCGAGAUCGGCGAUCCUGCUGGCACUGCUGCGACCGCAGCAGACAUGUCCUGGGCUAGGCAGCAGCACCAGGAGGCGGGGGGAGCGGUGCACCCUCAGGAUUUUCGACAGGAGGGCAUCGGCGGCGGAGGGGGACAACGGAAGAGGCCGGGGUCCGCGUCCGUCAGCGGACCCUCGCAGCGCCUGCACGAGAUGAAGGAGUACUUCCGCCGCAAUCGCCUGGCGGCGCCGCUUGACGGCCCCCACGGCCACGCUCAGCACAUGGACGACCACGCCGGCGGCGGCCACGUUAACGGCGGCCAUGUUAACGGCGGCCACCCCGCUAACCUCAAGCAGGAGCAUGAGCACGACCAGCACCGCUACCCUUUCUUCGAAGGCGACGUCCCCCAUGUCUUUCGGGCGCGGGGCAGCGGUGGCGGCGGCGGCGGCGGCUUGCCGGGCAUGAACUCCGAAGUCGUGGGCGGCGACAACAACAACAGCAACAACGGCUUGCGGAGAGAAAGCAGCGCGAACGGCAGCAUCGCCUCGCAGGACCAAGGCAGCGGCGUCGGCGGCGGCGGCGAGAUCGCCGGCGACCCUGGCAACGGAGGAGGCUACGGCAAGACCGACCACCACCAGCAGCAGCAGCAGCAGCAGCGUGGCAACAGCAUCCCGUGGCAACACGAGAUGAUAGCCGUCAACGGCUACUCUCCCUCAUCAUCGUCACACCACCACCAGCAGGGAGGCGGCUCCGAAGGGGCGACGGACAACCUGCCCGCCGGCGUGGGCAUGGCGAGCAUGCAGAACGGCGGCAGCAACGGCCACAACGACGUCGGCGGCGGCGGCGGCGGCGGACGCGGUGGAGACGGCAGCAUCGGGGGGGGCGACCCCGGAGACGUAGGCAGCGUCGAGUUCGACCCUCAGGCGGAUUGCAGGGCGCCGGUGGUCGACCCCCACCAUCACCAACACCACCAACACCAGGUUAGCGUGACGUCAACCGCAGGGGGGAGCCCGACGUCCUGGUGGAGAGACGCCCCCGAGCCGGUAGUGUCGACGUUUCCGUGGGACCUCCAGCUUCCGAACCCCGCGCCGCCGCUGGCCCUGUCCUCCCACAACGUCGGCAGCGGCGGAGGCCUUCACCAGCAGGAGUCGGCGCUUGGUGGCUUCGGCGGGGGAAGGAGGGGCGGCGGCGGUGGCGGCGGCGGCGGGCCUCCUGCCUCCAUGAUGGGCGGGAGCGCGGGGGUUUCGACGCUCCGCGGCGGUGGCGGUAGCGGUGGCGGUGGCGGCGGUGGCAGCGGCGGAGGUACGACGGACCACCCCCCUCUUAACAACUGGGACGCGUGUCGUUUCGGGAAGCCGUCUGCCUCUUCGCUCGCCGGGCUCGGCCCGGCCCCUGACAUCGGUGGCGGGCAGCGCCAUCGCAGCGCCGCGGCUGACCACCACCGGAACCACUCCAGCAGCUCCCUCGACAUCUUGGAGAACGGCGGUGGCGGGGGCGGCGUGAACGGCGGCGGCGGCGGCAUCCGGACGGGCGGCGGCGGAAGCGCGAUGCUGCUGGACGCCGUGGGGAGGGGGCCCUACGGCGCGGGCGCGCGGUGGGGCCCGGGCUCGUCCCCCCCCUCCGUGACCGAGGUCGUGUGGGGGCUAAGCGGGAGCAGAAACGGUGGCGGCGGCGGCACCGGUGCCCCUGGCGGCGGCGGAGGGAGCUUCCUGUCGGCCCGCAACAAGCUGGAAGACUCGCGUCGAGGAACGGCGCCCCCGUGCGACACGCUGGUGCCGCCGGGGCCGCACGCCCCGGCCUACGACAUCCCCAACAACCCUAGGAGCCUUCUCGGGAUGGGGUCCGCUGGCGGCGGCGGCGGCGGCGGCGGCGGCGGCUCCGACCGGUUCGUCGCGCACGACUUCAAGCCCGUGUCCAUGGCGCCCGGGGAAACGGACGGGGCGAUGUUCGGCGGCAGCGGCGGUGAGGGGGGCGGCGGCGGCGGCGGCGGCCGUGACGACAUGCCCCGAGCUAAGCGCGCCCGGGUGAUGAAGCGGGAAGCGGACGGCAUCCACUUGUCUUCCAACGGCGGCGGGAUGGCCGGCGGCGACUCGGUAUUCGAGCGGUUAAUGGAGAGAGGCCGCGGGGGCGAAUUGGGCGGCGGCGGCGCGGGGGGUCGAAGCAGGGCCGUGAUUAACGGCGUUGACCACGCGCCGUUGCGCGACGGGGCGGGGUCGUGGGGCGGCGGCGGCAGUGGCGGAGGCGGAGGCGGAGGCGGAGGCGGUGGUGGCACCGGGGCUGGCGCGGCUGGGGGCGGAGGUGGCGGCAGGACAACGGCGAGGGGCAAGAAGUCCCCGGCCACUAGCAGGAGGUGCCGCCAUGAGGGCUGCCAGUCUCACCCGAACUUCGGCAUCGAGGGCGACCGUCGCGCCGUUUACUGCGCCAAGCACAAGCUCCCGGGCAUGGUCAACGUCAAGGCGCCCCGCUGCAGGGAGCCCGGCUGCACCCGCAACCCGGUCUACGGCCACGCCGGAGACCCUCGCGCGACCUUCUGCCUCUCGCACAAGAGCCCCCUCAUGGUGGACGUCAAGAACCGCUGCUGCGAGCACCCCGGGUGCAAGCACCAGCCGUCAUUCGGCCUUGUCGGCGACCGCCGAGCCAACUUCUGCUUCGCCCACAAGCUUCCGUCGCACGUGAACAUCCGCCGUGCCCGGGCAAGGGCAAACUGA